CCAGAGCUCAGUUCCACAGGAGCUACAACUCAGACUGGGAAACAUGGGUCUGAAGAUGCUUGAGUCCCGACUUUGUCUCCUGCUGCUGCUGGGACUAACACUUUCGUCAUGUCAGGGAGUACCCUCGUGGCAGUGGUUUAAAACCCAGCAUAUCUAUAAUGAUGCCAAUCCCCGAUGUGAUGAUGCUAUGAGGGCUAUUAACGGCAAUACAGGAAACUGUAAGAACUUCAAUACUUUUCUUCAUACAUCUUUUGCUGAUGUUGUUCAGGUGUGUAACAAUCCACCUACCAUCUGCAAAGACGGUAGAAGUAAAAAUUGUCAUGAAAGUACAGCUCGGGUAUUGGUAACUUCCUGUUCACUCACAAGGGUAGGAAUCGAUUAUUGCAAAUAUAAUGAUGAAGAGGGUAUGAAGUUCUACAGAGUUAAAUGUAAAAGAACAACUCCACAGGACAAAACCGAGUAUCCAGUGGUUCCGGUUCACUUGGAUGACAUAUUUUAGCUCCAGUGCCAGCACUUGGUACCUUCACUCAUCUGCUACUGCCAAGAUCAUAGUAGUGAAGAACCAAUUCCUCUCUGCUCUGCAUAUCAGCACCUGUCCUCAUGGAACCUGUCCCUGUCACUCUUUAAUGUUGUGAAACAGAUCCUUCCUAAUCAAUAAACA